GUUAAAACAUGGCGGCGCCCUAAAGGAAAGUCACACUGUUUCUCCGGGGAAAAACAUACGCUUCUUAUCGUUUAAUACAUCAUCUGUGCAAGGAGUUAAAAAGCGGCGGGAUCUGAAAAGAUUUGUCUUUACAUCCUACAGCAUCCUCUGAGGAUAUUUCCGCAGACACCAUGGUACAUUUAUCAUCACUCCUACUAAAGAAGUACCAUGGAGGUCACGUUGUGAUUCGAUUGGCUCUUGCGGGCCACAAACAGGCUAACAGACCCUUCUAUCGCAUUGUGGCAGCUUACAACAAAAGGGCAAGAGAUGGUAAAUAUAUCGAGCAGCUGGGUUCCUACGACCCGCUUCCGAACAUCUACAACGAGAAACUUGUCAGUUUCAAUUUCGACCGAAUCAAGUAUUGGAUUGGAUGUGGAGCACACCCUACAAAGCCGGUUGCCAAACUCCUGGGGUUGGCUGGAUUUUUCCCUCUUCACCCCAUGACAAUAACAGAGGCAGAGCGUCAAAGAGCCCAAAUGGAGACAGAAACAGAGGAAUCUCCGAAAGAGGGACAGAAGCAGGCUGAAGCUGAGAGUUAAAGCUGUGGACUUUGCGUGACCAUCCAGUUCCAAUUGUUGCCACAAUUAUUUAGAAAAAUAACUCACUGAUUUGACUUGCUGUGUGAACUGUUCAUGGAAACUCAAAAUAUGUCAUAUUGUAGCUUUGACUCUGUCAGUAGCUUCUUCAUGUGAUUAAUUUUUGAUCAGAUGCUUCAUAAAAUUGCAUCUUUUUCUUUAAUACAGUCAUAUUAUUUUAGACAGCAGCAGUUUGCAUAUGGUGUUUUAUGAGAACUAAUUAAAGUAUUUCAAUAUAACUGCAUCUGUUUGGGGUUUAGUUACAGAUUGUAUUUAUUAUCCUGUGUCUUAACAAAGACCUUUAUAGCUUAUUCACGCUAACAAAGCAUUUUUAAUGAAAAUCAGUUUGUUUUGUUUACUUUGAAAUGGAUUCAUAAAUAUUGAAAUCAUUCCUUCC